GAGCGCUGGAUUUCCCCACCCUCGGCGGGUCAGUGAAGGCCUCUCACAGCCAGACUCUGAACAGCAGCAGAAAGAGAGGAAGUCAGGAAAGGAGGGAAAGGACACAGAGGAGAGCCAGGAUGAUGACCCAGGAACAGUGUUCUCAUAGGAACAAUGUCCAGAGUUCAGAGAAACCUCAGGUGUACAAGGUGGGAAUCUACGGCUGGAGGAAACGCUGCCUUUACUUCUUCGUCCUGCUGCUGAUGAUCCUCAUCCUCAUCAACCUGGCGCUCACCAUCUGGAUCCUCAAGGUCAUGAACUUCACCAUCGACGGCAUGGGGAACCUGCGGAUCACGGAGAAGGGCCUGAAGCUGGAGGGGGACUCGGAGUUCCUGCAGCCGCUCUACGCCAAAGAGAUCCGGUCCAAACCGGGCCGUCCACUGUCCCUGCAGUCGUCCCGGAACGUCUCCGUCAACAUCGUCAACAGCAACAACCAGCUGCUCACGCAGCUCGUCACGGGAUCCAGUGGAUUUAAGGCUCGAGGGAAGCUGUUCGAGGUCAGAUCCAGCGCCGGGAAGCUGCUCUUCUCAGCAGACGAACAGGAAGUGGUGGUCGGCGCCGAGCGGCUCCGAGUCAUGGGCGCUGAAGGAGCUGUGUUCAGCAAAUCUCUGGAGACGCCGCACGUCCGAGCCGAGCCGUUCAAAGAGCUGCGGCUGGAGUCUCCAACCCGCUCCCUGCUGAUGGACGCUCCUAAAGGGGUGGAGGUCCUGGCCGAGGCCGGGGACAUCCGGGCCAUCUGCCGCAACGAGCUCCGGCUGGAGUCCAAGGACGGAGAGAUCUCCCUGGACGCCCGGAGGAUCCGCCUCAUGCGGCUGCCGGAGGGACGGGCGUCCACCAGCUCCUCGUCCUCCGGCACCAGGCAGACGGUCUACGAGGUCUGCGUCUGUCCCAACGGGAGGCUCUUCCUGUCCCAGGCCGGGACCGGGUCCACCUGCCAGAUCAGCGACGGGAUCUGCCAAUAGAACCGGUCCAGACCGGCCCGGAACCAGAGACCCCCGAGGACCGGGCCAACGGACAAAGACUGUCGUGGAACCGGAACCGGACGGAUCCCGAAAGACACAAACUGUUCUGGACACACACACACACACACACACACACACACAUACACACACACACACACACACAGACUUACAGAACAGAAUGGUUCCGCCUCUGUUGGUUCCUCCUGAAGGGUUGAAGAACCUCCGGCUGGAGAACCGGAGCAGAACCACGGAGACGCCGACUGCUCCGAACACACACACACACACACACACACACACACACAGAGCCUGGUUCUCCUUCAGUCCCAGAACCACCCGUUGAUCACCGCAUGGCGUCCGUCCUCGUCCUGUGGCUGGACGUGUCCCCCUCUCCGUCCCCGUCAGUGAUCAGGAACCAUCUAGAACAAGUCUGGACCUGAACAGGGCCACAGGGAACUGACGUGGGGACAACCUGGACGAGCUGCCGUCCACCGUCCAAUCAGCAUGCAGCUCACUGAUUCCUACAGUGAGGCCCCGAGACGUCCUCUAGUGGCCCCGAGACGUCCUCUAGUGGCCCCGAGACGUCCUCUAGUGGCCCCGAGACGUCCUCUAGUGGCCCCUAGACGUCCUCUAGUGGCCCCGAGACGUCCUCUAGUGGCCCCGAGACGUCCUCUAGUGGCCCCGAGACGUCCUCUAGUGGCCCCGAGACGUCCUCUAGUGGCCCCGAGACGUCCUCUAGCGGCCCCGAGACGUCCUCUAGUGGCCCCGAGACGCCCUCUAGUGGCCCCUAGACGUCCUCUAGUGGCCCCUAGACGUCCUCUAGUGGCCCCGAGACGUCCUCUAGUGGCCCCUAGACGUCCUCUAGUGGCCCCUAGACGUCCUCUAGUGGCCCCGAGACGCCCUCUAGUGGCCCCUAGUCCCCUAGUCGGACUCGGUUGCCGGUUCCUUUGAGUUCCUGCUGGCUAACAAGCAGUGUCCUGCUCUGGUUUUGUCCUCCGGUCCUCGGCGGUGGUCUCCGGCUGGUUCUGGGACGGUUUUACCAAAAGGAGAGAACCGAGCGAGCCGCUCUGUGGACCGCGGGGAACCGAGCCUGUGCCUUACGUCGAUGCACUCGUGGUAGAAGAAGCACAUCACCGACCCUGUUUGGCGUCAAAACACGUUUCAGUUCCUCCACAAACCUGUGUGAACGCUGAGACCUCAGACCUGGACUGGAGCCCGGGACCCCGUUACCCCCAGACCCCCUUUACCCCUCUAUUGGUAACUGUUACCCCCUCCAGACCUACAGACCCUCAGACCUCCAGACCCCCUGGACCUUAAUACCGCCCAACCUCUAGACCUCCAGAUUCAGAUCUACUCCAGACCCCUAGACCUCUAGACUUCCAGUUUUCUACACCUGGACACCUCCAGACCGUCUCCGUCUUUUGUUUUUUGACCUUCAGAUGCAAACCAGUUCUUCAGACCUGUUUUUGGUUCUCUUGGGGUUAGCCCUCAGAGAUCCAGAUUCAGAUCCACCUGGAGAACCGUUCUUCUUCCCUCCUGAGGCAGUUUGUGUUCUGUCUGUCCAGGCCCUCCAGUCCAGGUCCUCUGGGUCCUCCAGGUCUUCCAGGUCUUCCAGGUCUUUGGUUCUCUUCCGUCUGUAAAUCUGUUGCUUUGUUUUGAUUUUUUACUCCGGAGAACAUGAAGAACGGCCAGAAGGGCGGCGGCGGCGAAGAGAGGACAGCGUCUUGCCGGCCGACGUGGAUCGCGUUGCGUUAGCAUUUGUUUGAGCCGCUAGCACGGAACCUUCAGAACCUUCAGAACCUUCAGAACCUUGGGUUCUUUUCUUCGCUCUUCAGUGUCAAACUGCCGCUCCUGGAGUCAUUUUCAAAGAAGCCAAAUUAAAGGCGUUG